CGUAUCAGGCAUACACCCAAGCUCCUUCAUUUUCCCUAAAACCCACAAUCCCAUCUCCGCACACCGAGCCUCUUUACACAAAUUCAAGAGCACCUUAAACAUCCUAACACUAACAGCAAAACCCUCAGCACUAUACUCAUCCACAACAUCAGCAAUGAUUCGAGGGUUUUUCUCAAGAUUCAGUAGCUUACAAGCUUUGCUAUACAUAUACGGAGUGUGUCUGUGUGUGGGGUGAAAAGCAGCCCAAAUGAAGAACCUGACGCCCAAUUUGGGCUUUUCAAUAGCACAUUGUUCCAACACUUUCGCUAUGCAUUGAGAAUCGAGAUUGGAUUUCACCGCAUUUAGGUUUUUCUCGACAUGGGAUUGAUGUUUUUGCAAAUGGGUCAGGAAAUCUUGGGCUGGAAUGGAUGAAUAUUUGCUGAAAAAGAGUAAUCUUUUGAGUGGGAAAUUGGGGGCUCUGGGUGCAAUUAGAGAGGACGAGCGUCGAAUGAAUGAAAUAGAAAUCGGCAUAAUCUUUCAAAAGAUGAGGAAAAGGGUUUGUAGGAAUCUGGGUCGGAUUAAAUCGGCAAUACAAUUAAAAGAUAUUGGUUUGAAUUUUGUUUUUUACUGACAACAUUAAUUAUGUAUAGUAGUACUAGUAUCACAUUUUUAUUGUUUUGUUGAUAGAAAAUUGAUGAAGUAUCUGGUCAGAGACUUUUUCUCUCUCUAUAAAGCUCUGGAAUCAUCAAUCUCUUCCAAUACCGGCCUUCAAUUGAUCAUCGAUUACAUCUUCUGUGUGUAGGCGCGCAUAUCUAGAUAUAUAAAGAUUUCCUUAGAAAGCGUGGUAUCUUUUGUGGUUUGGACAGUGUAGCCAAACUGUUUGACAUAUUGCCUCAGAGAGAAAGAAAAAUGAGCAAGCGGCCUCCUCCCGAUCCUGUGGCUGUUCUCCGAGGCCACCGCGCUUCUGUUACGGAUGUUUGCUUCCACCCAGUCAAGAACAUCCUUUUCAGUGGAUCCACCGAUGGGGAGCUGAGAAUUUGGGACACGUUGCAGCGUAGGACCAUUUCAUCGUCAUGGGUUCACAGUGCAGCUCAUGGCAUCAUCAGCAUUGCUGCUGCUGGGGAGAACAGAGUGAUUAGUCAAGGAAGGGAUGGAGCUAUCAAGCUCUGGGACUUGGGAGAAGCUGGCCCAUCCAGAAGCCCUCUCACUACGAUUAAUACGAAUUCCUAUCACUUCUGCAAGCUCUCUGUAUUGAACAAGCCCCAUGCUGAAAUUACACCAACUGAAAAAGUAUCCAAGAAUCGCCAUGAAACUGAGGUUGGCUCGGAGACUGGAGGGCGUAAUUAUGUUGCCACAGCUGGGGAAGACUUGUCUGUAGUUGAGAUUUGGGAUGUUAAUACUGCUGAAAAGCUUGUGAAGCUGCCUCCGAGCUCAGUGGAUCGUUCUGCAAAGUCUAGAGGAAUGUGCAUGGCUGUUGGAGCCUUUUUGCCAUCUGAAUCAGAGGUUUAUGCACAUGUUGUUGCUGGGUUUGAGGAUGGAUCAAUGGUGUUAUGGGAUUUGAGAAAUCCUUCCUUGCCGGUGACUGGUGUGAAAUUUCACUCGGAGGCAGUCCUAAGCUUGUCAAUUGACAGUUCAUGUGGAGGAGGGGUUUCCGGAUCUGCGGAUAAAAAAAUUGUGACAUUUAGCUUGAAUCCUUCAAUGGGAUCGAGUUUGGUCAAGAAAGAAGUUAUUUUGGAGAGACCCGGUAUAGCAGGGACCUCCAUAAGGCCAGAUGGUAAGAUUUUCGCCACUGCUGGAUGGGAUCACAGGGUGAGGAUACAUGAUUAUCGGAAAGGGAAUGCGUUGGCUAUACUGAAAUACCAUCACACAAUUUGCAACGCUGUCACAUUCUCAGCUAAUAGUAAACUGAUGGCUUCAUCUUCAGAAGAUGCCACUAUAGCGUUAUGGGAGCUUUAUCCUCCUAGAAAUUGACAUGCGCUUUCCUAUGAUCGAAGCUGUGUUCUGGUGCUAAGUUUAAUUCAACAAAAACGUCGGGAUGCAUGGUAACUCCAAGAUGUUAUCAUGCCUCCUGUAUUCAGACAACAAAUCCUUGUAGAAAUCCGACCGGCCUUUGUGAUAGUCUAUCCAUAUACAUAGUUGCCGUAUAGCCUCCCUCUUCUCCUCUACCUUCUCUCGGGAUGCCAAUAUCUCGGUCUCCUUGUCAUCAAGCUGAGCUAGCAAGCAGUCUAAAUCGUCUUUCAAGUGUGACACGGAUCUGUUCUUCGUUGCUGCCCACUGUUUUACAGAGUUGAUCCCACGCGAGGCUUUCAACAUCCUAUUCUGGAGUUUGGCAGUGCAUUCCUUGAAUUUCAAGGUCUUUGAGUCUAUCAUUGCUUUCCUUCUCCCGCGCUGUUAGCUGCUCACUCAAACACAGCUCAUUUCUUAGAGCUUCUAUCUGAAGCAGGAUCGAUGUGAUUGCAGAAGGACUUGGAUCUCCAUUGUUGCUUUGCCAUCUCUGCCACACCCCAGAAUUCUAAAGAAGUGAAUGAAGUUGGUGUAUCUUUUCAAAACAAUGGAUGCGUUGCCAAAUCAACUUCCUGUAAUACAUGUCAGCUUUCAGGUUCGAGGACUGGCAUCCGAAGGCAGUGCAGUUGGCCUAGCAGCAAGUCUUGAAGGGCGUGCAUUGGGAUUCAUGAGCGAUGACAUUGCUGAAGCAUACGUGUUGUAAGCAGAUGCAUGGAUUGGCGAUGGGCAUACA